UCGGCGUCAGUGCCACACAAGGUGCUACCUCAGUACGGUUUCUGUACCGCUGUACAAUUAGACAAAUCCUCAUGUAGGUUUAUAAUAGCACGUAUGACCACAGAGCGAAGACCCGUUCAGCUGUUCCUGCACUGAACGGCCUCGGCUGAGACACUGGGAAUCCGCUGAAGAGUGUUCCAUUGCCUCAGCUUCUAAAUGGGUGAAUCAGGCUCACGUCGUUCCACACUUGUGUCCCGCCUGCCAAUCUUCCGCCGCAGCAGCAGUAAGAGGCAGGAAUCUCUUCCCUCCUCUCCGUCCUCAGGCGGAGUGGGAAAUGGCGUCCACACUUCUUCACCUUCCAGCACUAACUCCAGUUCUGGCAGUACCGGGAAACGCCGGAGUCUUUUUCGCACCCCAUCUCUUAGUUUCACGGCUAAACGAAACAGUGAACCACGAGUCCAGCCAAUCAACCUAAACCUCACACCUCCAUUGACGCAAGGCACUGACGCAAAUGGAAAUAAUCAGCAGACGAUAACAACGUCAGUGUCAACGGGGUUCGGUGAUGGAGGUGGACGACCCAAGUCACGCCACUCAUUUGGGUUCGGCAGCCACAAGCAAAAGAGAAUCACACGUUCUCAGACCGAGGAUUUUGACAAGGCAUCCUCUUCCUCCUCCACAGCCAAUCGAAAUGUGUUUAUAAAUUGCAUCAGUGGCUCAGGGGCCAAUGAGGGUGACGACUCCGGAUUCCUCGAUGACUACAGCGGUGGCAGUAAUAACAACAAGCGAUCAUCACGCCAGAAAAAGCAGCUGCUGCCCAAAUCUUUCUCAGCUCACCACCGCUUCUCCCGGACCUCCGAUCACCACAGACCUCCAGAGGUGAAUCUGGAACCUCCAAGCUCCACCACCAUCACUCCGGGGGCAGGAGGGCUCACACCAGGGUCAUGGCCAGGUGAGCUGCUGGGCGCCGGUGGUGAGAGCUCACUCCAGUCCCCUUUGAUAUCCGAGGACCGAACCACAGCCAUCACCCCUUCAGAGUUCGUCCCCAUCACCGAAGAUUCUGUAUCCGAGGUGGAUGCUCUGCCAGCUCCCAGCCCUGGAUCUGGCUUAGCCCCUGGACCUGUCUCUGUGCCUGGGCCUGCUACUGACACAGCUCCACCUGACCCUCCACCUGCUCCAGAGAACUUCAGCGUGGCUGUCUCUACCUCCCAGGUUUUUUUCACUCCAGCUCAGUCCAGCACUGAAAAGCCGUUACUCCCUGACGCCAGCACAGCCAACAACACAGACUAUGAGACUGCCAUUUCCCUCUCAGAGCCAGAGACAGCUGUACCCUGCCUACCUCUGCAGGAACAAUCGCUGGAAGAGAGGAAGGAGAGGGAGGAGGAGAGAAAGGAAGCGAGGGAAGAGGUGUCAGCAGAGGAGAGGAAGGAGCUGGUGGAGGAGAGGAAGGCGGGUUACCUCACGGAGACCACAAGUGAGAGCGAGGCGUGUGUGGUACGCAGCGAGGGUUGCCACUCCAACCCAGAGCAGUCGGAUAGGAGGGCAAGAAACACGCUCUCUGUGCAAGAGAGAGGAAGCUUCUGCAGCUGCCAUGAACCCAGGUCAUCUCACUUGAGGAAGCCGCAUGCAGCCUCUGUCUGUAGCAGUGUCAGCCCCUAUCAUGAGGUGAUGCGGAUGGAAAGGCGUCUUCGCUCCUCAUCUGAGGGGGCAGGUGGGCCUCGUAUCCAUGGAAACCACAGAGAUGCCCCGGGCAUGGACGGAUGUGGUCUGCUCAAACACAGAAACAACUCCUCAUCAUCCAAACUGGGAAGUCUGGAUGUAUUAAACAAUCUGGGUUCCUCAGAGCUGGAUGAAGAUGAUCUUAUGUUAGACCUGGACCUCUCUGAUGAUCAGCGACAUCGACAUGUGUCCAGAGAAGACUCCAGCCAGUCCCUGGCCUCCUGUCUCAACCUGCUCCCCUCCCCCAUGGACCCAUCAGGCGAUCGCAUCCCAGGGAAAGAAAACAAUCAGAGGGAGCCCAGUCGUCCGACCAGCCUGCUGCCUGCUGACUGGAGCUCUGGGCUGAAUUUAGGGCGGGAAGAUGAGUCCUUACCCCCAGGGCUGGAGGCCCUUCCCCUCAGACUGAUGCAGCAGGACUGUACUGCUGUCAAAACACUGCUUUUAAGACUGAGACGGACACUGCAGGAGAGCACCGAGACGAGUCCUGCCAGCAGCCUCCAGUCUCUACCCAUAAGCCCCUGCAGUGAAAAAUCCCUUCCAUUUAAGGAUCCCGGCAGAGAAGAGGCCUUGCUGCAACAACUGAAGGAGAAAGACGAGCUAAUUCUCAAACUCCAGAGUGAACUGGAGAGUGCCAAAGCUGCCCUGAAGAUGAAAGACUGCCAAAUGAUUGACCGCAUAACACAGACAGAACACAUGGGGCCAGAGACCAGUCAUCCAGGCCGGUGGUCAGGACUAGGCAGCAGCAGCCUGGCAACAAGGGACCGAAGGGUAGUGCGGGGUGUGGGGGCAGCACUCGCAGGGGACCCCUCUAACCAGCACCUCCUCCAUCACUAUCCACCGCUGCACAGCCAGCCUCCUGCUUCUGAGCGACAUACUGUCAGGGAAGAACGCCACUGCCAGGGGGUCUUGGCUCAGUCCACAGCCCGUAACCCAGCACCAAAUCUGGCUCCAGGCUCCUCCAACCUGUCCUCUGCCAUUUCUGCAUUGUCAACCCAAGCCUCACCUACUACUCCAGGCCCGAGUCCAAAUCAAUGCACAGGCUCCGGUUUGGUGGCUGCUAAUCACACCGCAAUUCCAUCUCUGUCCUCCAGGCAGCCAGAGGGGGUGUCCUCCUCUUCUGAGUCCUUAACUCCAGGAGGAGGAGGAGGUGGAGUGAGUCUGUCAGGUGGAGUAAGGAGAGGAGGAGGAGAGCACCACCCCCCUAGCCAUAUCCCUCGUGCAGUCGGGGCCAGCGCCUCCUCAAGCCUCCACAGCCUCGCAAGCAGAGGAAGCCCGUGUCCAAGCAUCUCAUCGUCCGACCAGGCCUCCCCUCCACCUCCUACUCCUUCCUCUGCCUCCUCUUCUUCCUCCUCAUCCACCACAUUUACGGGUCGUUUAGGACAACCACCUCGAGGCCCUUUGUCUCUGCAUAGCUACAGUCGUAAAAAUGUCUUCCUCCAACAUUCCCUACAUACUGCCGAACUGCAAGCUCUGACGCAGAGAGACAGUUGAGGGCACAAAAACACUUAGUUCAUCCGAACCAUAAGCAGCCAUAUCAUUGACUUAAGUGACAAAAAGUGUAACUUUCUAGAAAAACUGCUGCUCCUUCCUUGCUUGUGUUUCACUGUCUUAAUUCCCCUGAACCAUGAACUACAUGCGCUUACAAUCACACUUGUUCACAAUGCAGACCAACCCUUUGCUGACAUUUUGUUUCUACAUUUGCUUAAACACACACUUGUAUGCAAGUGCACACACAGACACAGGCUGUUAGUAUGAAAAAGGCACUCACCCGUCUAUCAGAACUCCCACGUUGUGUCAUGCUGACAGUUUAGAUGUGUUUAUGCCCACGGACACACAAAGUGCACACAGAUUCACAGACUCAUAUCCACACACACACACAUACACACGCACAUACACACAGAUCUAGUCACUCACACAGAGACAUCAUCUGUGAUAUCUCUGCCUCACAAGCUGUACAAAAAAGUUUUAACCCAGGACUAAGUCAUGAGGUAUGUGUUUGUUUGUGCUUUUGUUUAGAUGAUUUAUUUUUGUCCAUUUAUUUUAUCAUUUUUAUCAGUUAAAACCAUGUGCUGCUUAAGGAACUAUGGGACUGACCAUAAUUUGCGCUUGUAAGGUUAUAUUCUCACAUUGCCAAACCUGACAUCAGACCAGCUCUGCGUUCAUUGAUAUCCACUCACAGAAGUCUGAAAUAAGAGACACGAUUGGGUGAACAAGCCCAUCCGUUACACUUUUACUGCAUGCUUUUUAAAAUUUAAGGAAAAUACAGGAGAGCAUUUUGUACUGCAACAAAAGUGGGAUGGGGGUGACUUUUAAAGUCUUUUAAUAAUGCUUCAGUAUCAACUCUCACCUCAGUGUUUUGAGAAGGGAAUCAAACAUGCCAUGACCUCUGAGACAGGAACCUGUUUGAGGAGUGUUUUGAAAAGUAAUUGUCUGUCCUUCUGUUGACAUAAAUAAGACAUUACAUGUAUUAUCUGCUAAAUUCUGGACCACUGUUUUUGUAGAAAUACAAUAUUGCAAUAUUACCCGCAUUAUAUACAAGAAUCAAUGUGUAUCUGCUAUGUUAGAUUAGUAAUAGUACAGAAGCUGAAAUGAAGAGUUUCAUUCCAAAUUGAGGUAUCCGUCACCUGAACAAUUUCACACCUAUGACAAAAUGACACUUAAUUUCCACCCCUGCACCCUUAGCUAACAAGAUCAAAACACUUCUGACAGUGAAAUUGAACAGAACAAGAUUUUUAGAUUUGGCACAACCGGAAUUGUUUUCAAAAAAGGUAUCAGGUUUUGGAAUGAAGCCCUUCAAAUCUUCUUUAGGGCUGGGUAUUGAACAGCGAUACCUACUGGUGCUUUGCUAAAUGACGGUGUCAAUAUCCAUUUUUAGGAACCCAAAGGGAAAAAAAGGCUUGAAAUAAUGGCAUUACAGUUGACUGGCACAUUUUCUAUGACAGUUUUACUACAGGAAUCAGUUGAGAAGAGUCUGAUUCUGUUUCGAGAAGGAAAUUACAGAAAAUUGUUGACUUGAUCAAAUAAUGAACCAAAAAAAAACAAACAUGGCUUACAGACUUUCCCAUUGGUAAAAGCGUCAGCACUGAGUUUUUCACUGAUACCCAGUCCUUUUAUGUUAGCUUUCUUUUAUCUUCCUGAUCUCAGAUGUGUUGGUUAUCUUUUUUUAAAACUGACCUAAUGAGAUGGCAUUUGGUAUAAUAAGGCUAGCAAUUAUGUUGUUUUGGACAGUAGGACACACAUCUUUUGAAUGAGAUUUACAUACACUGUAACUGCCAUGACCUGCUGAGUUGUACAACAUUAUUCACACUUGGGGUACAAAACGUGUUACAAUUUAAUAAGUGAGAAAACCCACUUUUUUUUUUUACAUCUGUGAACAAAUGGACUGCAUAACUACCUUUUCAGUCUGCCACCAUUCAACAUGCACUACAGUACCAUACUUAUACUGGGUGGGGCCUCUUUUUGCCCUCAAAACAGCCUCGGCUCUUCGUGGCAUGGAUUGUACAAGAUGUUGGAAACAUGCUUUUGAGAUUCUGGUCCAUGUUGGCAUGACUGCAUCACAUCAUUCCUGCAGGUUUGUCAGCUGCACAUUCAAGCUGUGAAUCUCCUCUUCUGCCACAUCCCAGAGGUGUGCUGUUGGAUUCAGAUGUGGUGAUUGGGGGGCAGGAGGCAGUGAAGUUCAUCAUUGUCAUGUUCAUGAAACCAGUUUUAGAUGACUUUUGCUUUGUGGCAUUGGACAUUGUUAGCCAUUAGAAGAUGGAAUUGUGGCCAUAAAGGAAUGAACAUGGUCAGCAACAACACUCAGAGAGGCUGUGACAUUCAGACCAUGAUUGAUUGGUAAGGGCCCCAUAGUGUGCCAAAAAAAAAAAAAAAACAUUCCCCACACCAUUACACCACCACCACCAGCCUGGACUGGACUGGCAGGUUGUUUCCAUGAAUCCAUGCUGUUGACGCCAAAUUCAGACCCUACCAUCUGCCUGCCUCAGCAGAAAUUGAGAUUCAUCGGAGCUGGCUAUGUUUUUCUGGUCUUCAACUGUCCAGUUUUGGUGAGCUUGUGCCCACUGUAGCCUCAGACUUAUGUUCUUGGCUGACAGGAGUGGAACCCGACGUGGUCUUCUGCUGUUGCAGCCCAUUUGCCUCAAGGUCCAACAUGUUGUGCUUUCUGAGAUGCUUUUCUGCUCACCACAGUGGUAAAGAGUGGCUAUCUGAGUUACUGUAGCCUUUCUGUCAUCUCCAACCAGUCUAACAAUUCUAUUCUGACCUCUCUUGUCAACAAGGUGUUUCCAUCCACACAACUGCUGUUCACUGAAUGUUUUUUGUACCAUUCUGAGUUAAAUUCUGGAGUUUGCUGUGUGUGAAAGCCCCAGGAGAUCAGCAGUGUCAGAAAUAACCCAACCACCAACAAUCAUACCAUGAUCAAAGUCACUGAAAUCACAUUUACUCCUCAUUCUGAUGUUUGAUGUGAACAUUAACUGAAGUACCUGAUCUGUACCUGCAUGAUUUUAUGCAUUGCACUGCUGCCACAUGACUGGCUGAUUGGAUAACUGCAGGAAUAAGCAGGUAUACAGGUGUUCCUAGCCAAGUGCUCGGUGAGUGCAUUGCUCUAUUGAACUGACAAGACUGUCGAACAACCCACUUUUUCCCCAUAGGCUUUGGGGUAGAUCUUAUAAUGUCAACUGGAAGGUGGGAGCCUGCUCUGCUGCUGAGUACAGGCCAGAAGUUCACAGCUCCUGGCAUCUACAGAAAAUGUUAGAUUUUAGAGAAGUUGUUGACCUUGUCUGUCUCUAAACGGCACAUGGCUGUAGGGAAGCUGUAUAAAUUGUGUGUGUGUGUGUGUGUUGUAAUGCACACCUUAUGAGGGAAGGACCUGGUAGAGGUGAAGAGGAGCCUGAAGGAAGACAGAGCUCUGUUUCCAGUGGUGGAAGCUACGACUCUCCCUCUGGUAUACUUCAUUUGCACACUAUUUCCUCUCUGUUUAUCCCUCUUUCUUCCAUCGUCCCUUCUUUUUCUAUCCUAAAUUUUUUCUCAACUCUAUUUUCUUCUUCUCUCGGGUCUGUCCUCUCUCCUUAUUCUCCUUCAGUCUCUCCCUGUAUUUCUCCCUCUUGUCUUUCCCUCCAGCAUCCAUCUCUACUGCAUGCAAACUCAGUACCUCCUUUUGUUCUUCUCCUCUUCUUCAGUCUGUUAUCCUCCUUCCCCCUCUAUCAUUUCCCAGGUCUCCCUUUCCUUCCUUCUCUCUCCCCUGCUUAGCCUACUUAAGCAAGGCUUAUAUUGUCAUACGGUGUAUCUAUCACAGACUUUGUUGCAGCAGCUCUCAGUCCUGGGCUUUGGGACCUGCAGCUCUGCCGAUUUUCAUUCCAGUUUUGUAAUCAGGGAGUAAUUUUACACCUGGUGAAUGCAAUUAACUACCUGGUCGGAAAGACGGGGUAACAGUAAUGUGGCUCCUGAGGACCUGGACUCAGAGCCACAGCUGUAAUGUGAAUUACAUUCCCUGCUAGGUUUGUUUACAGGUGGAGGGUAACAAUGCUUUGUUGGUGGCUGACCUCUUAAGAAAUGCUUUUUUACAUCCCUCAUCAAUGCUUGUGAAAUAUCAAGGGAGUAUUUGGCCCUGUUUGUGCUAUCCCCCCCGGGAUUUUAUUCACCAUGUUUGAAACAGCUGUGUUCAAGGCAGGCUGCUGGCCAUGUCACAUAUCACAAAAGGAAAAGGCCACUUCUGAAAUGGCAGUUCAAAUGUGUCAGCAACGUCUUUUACAAAAAAACAUUUUUUUUUCCCUGUUCAGAUGUAACAAUGAAAUGAUGCUGAAUUUCACUGCUGGGAAACAAGGGUCUACAAUCAUGAAGUGGGCACCUCACAAACCUCAAAUCUUCAUUUUACUUAGCAGCAUGUUGUAUAUUUACUAUAUUUUAUUUUGUUGGAAUGUUAUUUAUUGUUUCUGCCUUAUUUAUAUUUAUUGUCAUAGAUACACUUUCCUGAAAGCAUCUUGGCACUAACAUAUAAAGGUAGUAGUCAUGAUGAUAAUCAAAUGACAAUAAUAAUCAUGAUAUUAUUAUUAUAAUUUUAAUGAAUCAUAGAUAUUAUGCUGUCCUAGCUUUUUAAUGUGCUUACUGUAAUUAUGAUUUUUUGGUUUGUUUUGAAUUGCUGUAAUAAAUAAAUUGAAUUGUAUAAUUGUAAAUAAAUUAUUAAAACUGUUAAUGUUGACUGUUCAUGAACAUGAACAGUUUGUGUUCUGAACUGAACAAUAGAGUUUACAUAUAUUGUUUAUGUUGGUUGGCACACAAGAGAUUAAAAACACAACAAAAAAAAAGAUUUUGUUCCACUGAUAAAUGAAAUCAGAGGUCUGAGCUAUUACCAAAGGAUUUCAGGCUGUAGUUACACAGAAGAAAUCUGACAAACUGAAUAAAUUCUAUGUAAAACGUAAGCCCUGGGCUAAAUUUUACAUGUAAAGGCCUGUUGACUCAUACUGAUUCAACCCCCCACUGAAAUCCAGCCUUUGCACUAUGACUAUUUCUGCUUGUGAUGACUUUGCAAACGUUUGCUUAACUGUGUUAGAAAAGUGGAUGAUGGAUGAUGAUAAUCUAUUAAAGCUGCUUUUUUUCUGUUCAGGAUAAAGUCUGCAUCUAAGUACAUAAAGCUCUCUGACCCUCUGACCCGUUAGCUCAUAAAUUCAUUAGGGAUAAUCAGUCCAAAACAAAUGAAUCUCUCUUCAUAGAGUCAUUUUUCACUUUAUAUGAUCCUGCUACACAGUUUUGAAACUUGACCAGAACUUUCAGAUGGGCUUAUUUAUGGUUAAAAAAACAAACCAAAAAAAAAAAACCACAAAACAAAAAGAAACUUUCAGUGUGUGUUUACCCAAAGUAUUUCUCU